CUGGGAGAUGAGGUAAUGUCUGAGACUUGGGGGUUGGGCUGCUUAUUAGAGCCCUCAGGCUGACUCACCCCUACCCCAUGCAGCGUCCAACUCUCUGGCUUUCCCCCUUCUUGACUACUCAGGCUGCCUUGCUUCUCUCUCCAGCCCCCCACCCCACACCCAGGGUUUUCUCCUGCUUCUCUCUCUACCUCUCUGACCACUCCUCUAUCCUGUCCUCCUCACUCAGGAAAGGAAGUCAUCCCCAAAUCCCUACCCCUCCCUUGGAGCCAGCUACUCCUGCCCACCCCCCAAGACCUCUACCUCAGGCUUAGCCCACACCUCCCAGGAGCCAGCUUGUGUGGGUAGGGAGUGGCUGGACCAGGUUUCCCUUCUACUGACUCAGCAUGACCUUGAGUAAGUCACUUCCUUUCAAGGGUAUCACUUCUCUAUGCUCGUUAUAAGGGGUUGUUGGAUUGAACUAAAAGUGAUUAAGAUCUAUGUCCCAGACCCAGCCAGGGGUUUAGGGAGUUGUCCUAGGUGGGCUGACCUCUGACUUGGGUUCCAACACUCAGCAGAGGUAGCCUAGUGUAGUGGAGCUUUGAGAUUAGGAUCAGACCUAGCCUUGCGUCUUACUGAGCAGCUUGAGGCAAGUUACAUAACCUCUCUGUUAUUCUUGUGUGCAAAAUGCAUAUAACCUCAGACUCCAUUUCACUGGUUUUUGGAAGAUUCAGUAUCAGUAUGUGACAAUACUAGGUGCUGAAUAAAUGUAAGGUGCUCUUAUCAUUUAGCAAAGAAGGAGGCACCCAGCUGGUUUGCCCUUCUAACCUCCCAGGCAUGAAAUAGAGCCAGCUCUCCCUUCUUGCCCUAGUGCUGUCAGUCUCUGCAUCUGGUUUCUCUGCCUUCUGGAGAUCUCUCUAGAACCUCCUAUCUCCCCUCUCCCAGCCUGUACAGCUCAGUCUGUAAGCCUGAGGAGCCUCCUGAGGUCAUGGACAGACAGUACCUUGCAGUCCUACCCCCAACCUACGAAAUGUGAAUUUGCCUUCCAGCACUUCCCCAUAGAAGUCUACUUCAUGCCAGGCCCCUUGCCAGAUGCCGAGGCAGCUCUGUGGGCUUAGACCCAUGAACAGCUGCACCACCCCUUUCUAGAUUGCUGCCUCUGGAGUAGAGGGCUGAGAGCGCCCAGUGGGGUUGUCAAGGUUAGAUCUAUCAGGGGUCUGGGAAAUACCCCACUGGGACUUUCAAAGGGCUGGUGGCCAAGUCCUGGUUCUUUCAUGACAAUCUCACUUCAUGCUGGUGGUGACCAUUACUGCCAGCCCUAUUACCCCUCAUUUGCCACAGGAAGCAGGGAUUCCCAAGGCAGAGCCCAAAAGACUGGGGGGAGAGGGUGAUGUGGCAAUUGAAGGCUUCGGGGUGACACUCAUUGACAGCCCCAGCUGACACCAUGGGUCCUCUUCAAGUGCUUCACAGGGUCCCUGGAGAUGACAGGGGUCUAUUCCUGGCUCUCAGAGGGUCCUGGCAGAUCCCUGCAGAUGGCCACAGGACAGGGUGCUGGGAGUAUGAGCUCACUCCUGGAGGCAAAGCUGCACAGGCCGGUGUGGCUGUGGGUGACUGGGUGCUGAGCAUAGAUGGCGAGAAUGCAGGGGGCCUGACGCACAUUGAAGCCCAGAACAAGAUUCGUGCCUGCGGGGAGCACCUGAGCCUGGGUCUCAGCAGGGCCCAGCCAGCUCAGAGCAAACUGCAGAAGGCCCUGGCCCCCACCGCAGACCCCCCGCGGUAUACCUUUGCACCCAGCGCCUCCCUCAACAAGACAGCCCGGCCCUUUGGGGUACCCCUGCCAGCUGACAACGCCCUGCAGCAGAAUGGACAGCCGCUCCGGCCGCUGGUCCCAGAUGCCAGCAAGCAGCGGCUGAUGGAGGACACAGAGGACUGGCGGCCUCGGCCCGGGACAAGCCAGUCCCGUUCCUUCCGCAUCCUUGCCCACCUCACGGGCACCGAGUUCAUGCAAGACCCGGAUGAGGAACACCUGAAGAAAUCAAGAUCUUGCAGCCAGGUGCCCAGGACAGAAGCCCCAGCCCCAGCCUCAGCUACACCCCAGGAACCCUGGCCUGGCCCUACCACCCUCAGCCCCACCAGCCGCCCACCCUGGGCCGUGGAUCCUGGAUUUGCUGAGCGCUAUGCUCCGGACAAGACCAGCACGGUGCUGACCCGGCACAGCCAGCCAGCCACACCCACACCUCUGCAGAACCGCACCUCCAUCGUGCAGGCAGCCGCCGGAGGGGGCACGGGAGCAGGUGGUGGCAACAAUGGCAAGACUCCCGUGUGCCACCACUGCCACAAGGUCAUCCGGGGCCGAUACCUGGUUGCACUGGGCCAUUCGUACCACCCCGAGGAAUUUGUGUGCAGCCAGUGUGGGAAGGUCCUGGAAGAGGGCGGUUUCUUUGAGGAGAAGGGUGCCAUCUUCUGCCCACCCUGCUAUGAUGUGCGCUAUGCACCCAGCUGUGCCAAGUGCAAGAAGAAGAUCACAGGCGAGAUCAUGCAUGCCCUAAAGAUGACCUGGCACGUGCAUUGUUUCACCUGUGCGGCCUGCAAGACACCCAUUCGGAACAGGGCCUUCUACAUGGAAGAAGGGGCACCGUACUGCGAGCGAGACUAUGAGAAGAUGUUUGGCACGAAAUGCCGGGGCUGUGACUUCAAGAUCGAUGCUGGGGACCGCUUCCUGGAGGCGCUGGGCUUCAGCUGGCACGACACUUGCUUUGUGUGUGCGAUAUGCCAGAUCAACCUGGAAGGAAAGACUUUCUACUCUAAGAAGGACAAGCCCCUCUGCAAGAGCCAUGCCUUCUCCCAUGUGUGAGUCCCUCCUGUCCACUGCUGCCUCAUCCAGCCCAGCCAGAGGGAGCUCCAGUUCUGGAGUCAUCGGCCCAGAUUUCUGGAUAGGGCUGGCAAAGGUCACCCCAACCCCAACUCCUGGCCUGAGCCUGGGGUUCCCUGGGCCCUGCCCCAUCCCCUUCAUUUCCCCGCACUGCCUCCAUUUCCUCCCACUCCCUCCACACACUGGUGCUGACCACACCAACCCCUGCUCACAUCCACUGCCACAAUAAAGCUGUAUCCAGCUGUG